CACCUAGGCAACAAUAUAAUUAUAGUAUAUGUACAUGCACCACCUACCUGCAUUUCAGAGGUAGCUGUAGCAAAAUACCAUUUUGAGCUAUUAUAAGAGGUCAAUAUCCCAGAUGUUAGAGUUGUGUAUACAACGUUCGAUUUUUGUGUCAGUCAAAGUCAAACCAAGGUCGAAGGAGGCGUCGUAGCAGUGUAGCUGGGUAAUGUGUGUGGGUUAAGAAUGCACUCUGAUUCAAUUUUGCUUGUCUCCUACGACGUAUAUAUACCUCAUUUCAUAAGUGUCCGUGACGCAGUGCAUUUUGGGCUAAGAGGUCAAUAUCAUGGGCUAAGAUGUUAUGUGCAUAGAGUUACGAUAUUUUAGGUUUUCACAAAGUCGAGCCAAAGUAGACAGGUGUCAUAGCAGUGUAGCCAAGGGAGGAAUGUGUGUGGGUUAAGACUAUACCCUCUGAUUAUGAGUCAUUCAAUUUGGUUGUCUUCAAACAGAAUGGGACGAGGUUCUGGCCCGGUCUGGGACGGAGUGACUCAGACUAUGCCCUGGUACUGACGUCCUACCCUCUGUUUGAAGUAGCCACUACGCCACUGGCUGGAGCACUCCUGCAUCGACUCCCAUAUUCCAUCACAAUCACUGUGUUCAUAAUCGUGUAUGUGGCUGGUGGAGUUGUCUACAGCCUGGCACGGUCGCUCUGGGUGGCGUUUGUCGGUUUUGGUCUCUUUGGCAUGGGGUCAGCACUGGCUUCGGUCACGGUCCACACGUACAUGGGUGAGAUGGGUACAGUGAUGGACCAGAUCAGGAAAAAACAGGGCAAAAAGCCGAGAAAGUAUAUUCUGUACGUUGCUUUCUCUUUUGUAGUGAACGGAGGAUUUCUCCCAGCUUUAGGUGAGUUGUCCUUUGUUACUGUACCAUUUGCACGUGUUUCCUGAUACCUAGACACACAGAUUACUCAACGUUACACUGAUGUUAUAAUGGUUGGUUCUUGGCCAAUAAAAUAGCAUUGCUAUAAGUGUUCACCCUCAAAAUAAGGAUUUUAGCUCGUGCUCUUUGUUUCUCUUCCCCAGCUAUGAAUUCAAUAAUUGCCCAGUUUGAUGUAAACCCUUACCACUGGCCAGGCUGGGCCCAGGCUUCUCUCUCUGCCUCUGUCGGGCUACUGACAUUGCUCUUCUUUGUUGAGACUCGCUCUCUGUCACAAGCUAAAACAUCGUGCAGCAAUGCCGUUUCCUGUCUUGCUGGAAUUAAGUUAGAGGCACAGCUGCAGACCAAGUGCAGUAAACUUGCUGUAUCCUUUGCUGACACAACAAAGCACUUCAUAAUCAUUGACGUAAUGAUUCUCCUUAACUCAAUGUGCUCUCUAUAGUCCUAUAUGUUCCUGUGUGGAUGUGGAUUUUUAGGUGGUAUGAUGUUUACUAUCGUUAGUGCUCUGGCUCCCCCUGUACUUAGCGACCAAUUUGGCUUUGACGUGGAAAACACGUCUCACUAUCUUCUGGUGAUGUCAUCGGCUUACCUCAUAAGCAGCAUUCUCCAGUUGGCCGCAAAGUGUGCGAGAAUAGACAACAGAAAGAUUCUAGGCUUAGGCAUCAUAUUUGCUAUGGCAGGAUCUGUAAUGUUUGGAGAUUGGCAAGCUGUCCACAAUGACCCUUGCCAUUUCCCCCCAACUAGCAACUCUACCGCGAAUUCUUUUCCAUCUUCCACACUUUACACUAGUGGAGAAAACGCAACUGACGCAUUGUGUUUGGGAGAUUCCGUCACGAAUUCUAGCUACCUUCAAGGGCUUGUUCAGAGUUGUGAGGAUCUCAGCAGCUCUAGCAACGAGUGUUUCUGGAAUCGUCAGUCCCGUGUGACCAGCACCUACUGCUACACCUGUCUCGGAGUCUGCCUGAGUCUCCAGAAGUCACAAAACAUAUACCAGCUGAGCAUGGGCGUCAUGCUCCUCAGUAUUUCGGCUGGGUUCUUGUUCGUGUUCAGUUCGGCUGUCGUCUCUGAUGUCGCCUCUGUGAAAUCCCAGGGAAAGGUUGUAAGCUCAGUGAUAGGAUCUGGAUCCCUUGCAAGGUGCAUUUCCCCUCUCUGGUUCAUUAAGAGCUAUGAGAUGACAAGUAGACACUCCUACUUUGCCAUGGCCAUAACUGCUGGCUAUGCACUGGUCCUACUCAUUUGUCUCGCUGCACUCUUCAAGAACCUAGCUCCCAGGGACCGUGGCAGUGCCCUCAGUGCUACUUCCAAAUUUCAUUCAUACCCUGUAGAUCAAGAUCCAACAGGUUCAGGUGAAAUUGCCGAGGUACAAGAUGAUGAUGAUCUUGAAAAUCAAACUUUUCCUUUUGAAACAACAGUUUGAUUCUCUUGCCUGCCAAACUCAGUGUUUUAUUGACCUUUAUAAUAAUAUACCAGCAAUCACAA